UUUCAUAUCUGGCCAGGAAAUUUCAUGGUGUUAUGGUCAACUUGCCGCACAACCGUGUUCAAAUCUGUCACCAACAGGUUCAUUAAAAACCUGGCCUGCUCGGGAAUUUGUGCCAGUCUGGUCUGCGUGCCCUUCGACAUCAUCCUCAGUACCAGUCCUCACUGCUGCUGGUGGAUCUACACCAUGUUCUUCUGCAAGGUCGUCAAAUUUUUGCACAAAGUCUUCUGCUCUGUGACUAUCCUCAGCUUCCCUGCCAUUGCUUUGGACAGGUACUACUCAGUCCUCUAUCCACUGGAGAGAAAAAUAUCUGAUGCCAAGUCCCGUGAACUGGUGAUGUACAUCUGGGCCCAUGCAGUGCUGGCCAGUGUCCCUGUGUUUGCAGUGACCAACGUGACUGACAUCUAUGCCAUGUCUACCUGCACAGAAGUCUGGAGCAACUCCUUGGGCCACCUGGUGUACGUUCUUGUCUAUAACAUCACCACAGUCAUCGUGCCUGUGGCUGUGGUGUUCUUCUUCUUGAUACUGAUCCGACGGGCACUGAGUGCCAGCCAGAAGAAGAAGGUCAUUAUUGCAGCACUCCGGACCCCACAGAACACCAUCUCUAUCCCCUAUGCCUCCCAGCGGGAGGCCGAGCUGCAUGCCACCCUGCUCUCCAUGGUGAUGGUCUUCAUCUUGUGUAGCGUGCCCUAUGCCACCCUGGUUGUCUACCAGACUGUGCUCAAUGUCCCUGACACUUCUGUCUUCUUGCUGCUCACUGCCAUUUGGCUUCCCAAAGUCUCUCUGCUGGCGAACCCUGUUCUCUUUCUUACUGUGAACAAAUCUGUCCGCAAGUGCUUGAUAGGGACCAUGGUGCAGCUGCAUCACCGGUACAGUCGCCGUAAUGUGGUUAGUAUAGGGAGUGGGAUGGCUGACGCCAGCCUGGAACCCAGCAUGCGCUCUGGCAGCCAGCUCCUAGAGAUGUUCCACAUUGGGCAGCAGCAGAUCUUUAAGUCCACAGAGGAUGAGGAAGAGAGUGAAGCCAAGUACAUUGGCUCAGCUGACUUCCAGGCCAAGGAGAUACUUCCCACCUGCCUGGAGGGAGAGCAGGGGCCACAGUUUGUGCCCCCUGCACUACCCCUGGGCACAGUGGACUCUAUAUCCCAGGUAGCACCAGCAGCCCCUGUGGAACCCGAGACAUUCCCUGACAAAUAUUCCCUGCAAUUUGGCUUUGGGCCUUUCGAGUUGCCUCCUCAGUGGCUCUCGGAGACCCGUAACAGCAAGAAGAGGCUGCUUCCCCCCUUGGGUAACACCCCAGAAGAGCUAAUCCAGACAAAGAUGCCCAGGGUAGGCAGGGUGGAGCGGAAGAUGAGCAGAAACAAUAAAGUGAGCAUUUUUCCAAAGGUGGAUUCCUAGCAAGGAUCGUAAAUUCCUGGAAGCAACAGGGAGCUUCUACAUUCUAACCCUCCCUUCACUCGGGCUGUAUGAUUUGUCUGAUCUCAUUGCAACCCACUACAGAUUGAUUCCUCCUGUAUGGGCCAAAUGUUUUUGAGUGAAAGGGAAAUCUAUAUAAAAUCAAAUAUCUUCUUUAUUGAGGGAUGAUAUAUAUUUAUCACAGUGACCCAUGUCCUUAGUAAAGUCCACACUCCUCUCUGUGGGAUGAGAGCCAGGCAGUUUGGCACAGCUCUUGGGGGAGGGGGGUGCUCCAUGUACGUUUUCUGGAGAGCUCUCAUUUCCCUGUGCUCAGCAGAGAACAAAUGGAGAGAAAAGUGUCCACCAGCUCAAGAGAGCAGAGAUAGUCUAAGGAUAUAUGGAGAUUCCAGGAUAAUUAUGGAGCUGUGUGGCCACUGUGAAAAUGCCUAUUUAAUUAACUUAAAUAUGACAAAUAGGAAAACCUUUUAUAUUGAGAAAGUAGGGACUUUGCAUCUGACGUCAUUUCCCUAGAAGCCACAAUCAUAUGACUCACUUUUUUUCCCGAUAUGUUUUGUCCGUUCUCACUGUAAUAUAUGUAAGGAAUGACUGUUCCACCCCUAUUUGACAGAUAUGGCAAUAGAUGUGCCCAGAGGGAAAGAGAGGUAUUUUGUCUUUGGUUAUCCUGACAUUCUCUUGGCAUCAUGAAGGACUCAGAAAGAUAUACCUGUACCCUCCAGACAUGGUCAGUGUUGGUUGGAAAACACUGCAAGCUCUUCACUGUGUCUUGCCCCCUAAAUUGUGUUUUCUCAGCAAAUGGGAGAGAAGCUUAGAGGUGGAGAAGAAAGACUGAGAAAUGCCCACGACACUGUAGUCUUUUCUCUUCCAUGUGAUCUCACGUGAAAGGUGCUAUGUAACAAUCAGCAUGAGUACAGUAUAUUGAAAAAAAUAUCUUAUGCAAACUUUUGGAAUUAAAAGGUAAUUUAAAAAAUGCAAAGUUAGUGCAAGCUGCAUCCUUUGGGAACAUCAAGCUAAAGAUACUUGAUUAGGAAGGGUGAUUCUGCCCAAAAGACUGGCAAAAGUCUGACAAAGAUGACUCCAUUCUAUUGAAGACUCAAGAACCCUGGCGUGGCCAGUCUCAUUUUCAGUCUGUUUGUACGACUGUGGUUCUCCCUUCAUUUUGGACACAGAGGAGAAACAGAACAGGGAGAAAUAAUUAAUCAUUUUAAAACUCCAAGGCAACUGCUAGCUCAGGUGAGCUCUUCACUUCCUCCUUCUAGUGAAGUUUUGGUAGGAGCCAGGGUGGGUGGGGAGGGAGGGCAGUGUCCUCACCUGAUCAGUCCUUGGAGCGAUUCGAGUCCACUCUGAGGUAGAUUUCGCCAGGCUGAAUUUGAACCACAGAUGACAUUUCACUUCCAGUGAGGGCAAAUCCAGUGCCAGCUCCACUUUCUCUCUAAGGCGUUUUGUUCUUAUUAAUGGUGCCUGGGGGAGCCAAUCAGUUCUUUGAGUGAACUUGAGGGGAAGUGGUGUCCUCACUGGCAAAUUCCACAUCCCCAGGGCAGUGGUCCUAAUGCAUCCCCUCCUUUAACCACACUGGCCCCUUGUCCCUUGGAGGAAGCUCAGACUAUGUGUAGGGAGUUUCCUUUCUCUUUCUUCUCUUGGGUGUGCUGUCUUGUAAUUCCUGAACAUAAACCCAAAGACCCUACCCCUGGAGAGGGAGCACUUUCCUCUUUGUGUUUGUCUCCUGCGGUGUCCUUGGCUCACAGUAGAUACAGGGGACUGCCACAUCCUCUUGUGGCUCCCCUGCCUCCCGCACCCUGUGUGCAUGCCAUCUGUAGCUCCUUGCCCCAACAGCUAAUGUUGUGGUCCUUCAAGCUUAUCUUUCAAAACCUUCACGAUUGUUACAACUUUUAUCAAAGGGAAAAAUAAUCUGUCAGAAAACUGUCCAUUGUUCUGAUAAUGUAUAUGUACAACUUAAUAAAUUGUGAUGGCAGAAUUUGGUUGGGUAUAUUUCUCAUGUGUGUUUGAAGCAGAUGGUUGACUUCUAACAGGUCGUUGCCAGGUGUAUUUCUAUACUCUUUGAAGAAUAACAUUUUAAUAAAAAGUUGAAAAGCAGUUUCUGAACUCAAAAAAA